UAAAAUUUCUUGGGCCAGGGUAUACUUGGGGGUCCCCUUAUACGAAGGCGAAAGUGUGCCGCGUAUAUAAGGCCUCAAAUAGUAAGCAAUCAGCAUCCAGUUCACUCCUGGACGCACCUGGAAUAUCGCGAAUUACAAAAAAUGAAGAGCCUGAUCUGCGUGGCUCUGUUCGCACUCGUCGUAUCGGCGGCGUCGGCAGAAGAAAAAAUCACCAAAGAAGUUGAGGACAAGAAGCACGAGAAACGUGGACUCUUCGACUUUGGCUAUGGCUAUGAGGGUGGCGAUUUUGGCGGUCUAGAAGGCGGCGACUAUGGUGGUCAUCAUCAGGAGGAUCAUCAUCAUCACGUGAAAACAAUCGUGAAAACAGUCGCCUAUCCAGUGGAGAAACACGUUCCCGUCAAAGUGCCAGUGCCCCAACCAUAUCCAGUUGAAGUUAAGGUUCCAGUCAAGGUUCCCGUUCACGUACCAUAUCCAGUCGAGAAGCACAUCGAGAAACCAGUUCCAUAUCCAGUUCACGUACCACAACCCUACCCCGUCAAAGUCCACGUACCACAACCCUAUCCAGUUGAGAAAAUUGUCGAGAAAAUCAUCAAAGUACCAAUUCACAUUCCCCAACCAUAUCCAGUUGAAAAAAUUGUCAAAGUACCAGUGAAGGUACCAGUUCAUGUCUCCGUUCCCUAUCCAGUUGCAAAAUUAGUUCCCUAUCCAGUUGAAAAAACUGUCCACGUUCCCGUUCAUAUCAAGGUUCCAGUUCACAUUCCCCAACCAUAUCCAGUUGAGAAAAUAGUCAAAGUACCAGUACACAUUCCAAAACCAUAUCCAGUUCAUGUUCCUGUUGAGAAGCAUAUUCCAGUUCCUGUGCAUGUGCCAAAAAAAAUUCCCUAUCAAGUUAAAGUACCCGUACCACAACCAUUUCCCGUUGAGAGAAAUAUUCCCGUACCAGUGAAAUUUACCGAAAAAGUACCACAACCAUUUCCAGUUGAAAAAAUUGUUCACUAUCCGAUAAAAGUGCCGGUACAAAGACCAGUGCCUGUUCCCGUUUUACAGCCAUACGCAGUUCCGGUGGCAAAAAAUGUUCCCUAUUUUGUCGAGAAAAAUAUUCCCGUUCCGGUCAAGGUCGAAGUGGAAAAACCCGUUCCCUAUCCAGUUGAAGAACAUGUUCACGUUCCAAUUGAAGAUUACGGUCAUGGUGAUAGUGAUAAUAGUCACGAACACGUUCCACAAGUUCAUGAGGAAAAGUAAGAAAUAAGAAUUUUUUUUUAGAUACUUUUGCUUUCAAUUACACUGCGAAUAUUUAUUGUUAUUUUUUUUUUACUAGAGAAAAUAGGUGAAAUUAAAAAAUCGUAUUGUAGUGAGAAAAUAGAAAUAGAAAAAUAGAAUAGUUUGUAAAAAUAAUUAAUUAUUAAUUAGUUCAUUAUUCACUGCGAAUAUUGUCAAAUCUGUAUUGUACUCGUAACGUAAUUUUGUAAAUUAUUUUAUAGAUUUAAAAUUGAUUAGUUAAAUAAAUUCAAAAUUUAUCUUAAA